AUGAUGAUGAAUCGUGUGAUUUUCAAUGCAACAAUGAAAUACAACUUGAUUCAUUCGAGCACAAGACGAUUGUGCGAUCAUGACAUGAAUCAAGGAUACACCAGAAUUCUGUUGAACACAAUCCAUAACAAUAACAACAACAACAACUACCAAAUACAACCCUAUCAUCAUGCACAACACGACAAUAGUCAUCGAUCAAUAUUACCAACACAAGAUCUUGUAUCACAUCAUGCUUGGUCACCAAAUCCUCAUGAAUCAAAGAGUGGUUCCUGUGUGUUUGUUGAGAAUCAUGCACAACAACAACAAAUCUAUGAUUCACAUUCAUUGAUGGAAUUUAAAUUGAAUGGAUUCCGAGAUUGGGACAUUUCCAAUACAUGUCGAGUCUUACAACAACCAUUUCACAAAGGUGGAUGUCAUUUACAACCCAAUGAAUUAGAUGCAUUACGAGAGAUUGAAUUGAAUGGAAGAACAUUAGAAUCACUUGUUGUGUACAUAUAUAAUGAAAAUUCAGUGCCCAUGGCAUUGAAUCAAUGGAUGAUGAAUACAACAACUUGUUCAAUUCUGCAGAAUCAUUCUAACAUUCAUUUGGAAAUGCAGAAUCAUUCUAACAUUCAUUUGGAAAUGCAGAAUCAUUCUAACAUUCAUUUCGUAACGAGAGAUGUCAUGAAAACCAUUUCUUAUUGGAUUCUUGAAAAUUUACCAAUAUUUAUGAAACAUGUUUCUUUUCCAAUACGAAUGAAAUGUAAAAUUAGAAAAUGCAUGACAAGUGUCAAAGAGGGAAUUGUAUUUACAUUCUUUGCAUGUUGUGUGUUUUUUGCCUUUUAUCUUGCUUUUUUUGGAGUAAUAUUCAUGCUUCUACUUGUAGAUAUGGUUUUUGAAUCUACUACUAAUACCAAUCUUGAUGAAGAAGAAACAUCUUUUAUGAAUAGAAAAAAGUAA